AUGGAAGUCGUACCUCCGUAUUACAUACAACCGUCAUACCCGGUCCAUUCCACUCUCGGAAUCUUAAAAUUGGAGGACAUCGAAUCGGAAACCAGUGCGUUUAUGGCAUUACACCAACGACUUGAAGAAGAACUUCGGGCCGCCAAGCGUGCGCAACUGUCUUGCGGCGAAGUCUUGUUGCCGCCCGACUUGCUCCACCGGAUAGCUCAUGACGUUCUCAAAAUGGCUGAAAGCGAACCCUGUGGUCUCAGAGGAUGCACUUUGUACCUGAAUUUCGAAGGUGAACAAGAAUGCCGGAAAAUCGGCACGAUCAAAUGCGACACCAACACCGUGUCCACUUUUGAGUUGUUCCUCACACUCAAACAAAACCCUAGAAAUGCGUGGUCGCUCAUUCCACUAUUCAUUAGGAAUUUCACAAGCGGCGGUACAAUAGUGAUCGAUCACGAAUUCACAAUAGAAAAACGGAAGCUGUAUAGGUCUUUUUUAGAAUAA